GCUCCCCUCCCGGAAGAAACCACCGUGGUGGUUGCCAAAUGAACAUAAACUCUGAUUGUAAUGGCGUCAGUCACGGGACGUGGCUGGGCUCUCUGCACCGUGUCCCUGCUAAACUUUGCGUUUGUUUUCAUAUCUGGUGCAGACUUUAUUCGGUUUAUAUCAUUUCGAGCCAUUUACCAUAACAUCACCGGAGAUACGACACUGUGCCAAGACUCCGUAUCAUGGUCGGUGGCCCUGCGGGACAGCUCUGUCCUCGGCUCUCUUGUUGUGGAUCUGGGGCUGCUGGCUCUCUUCACCACCCAGCACAGUCUGCUCGCCUGGUCACCUGUCAAACAGGCCCUCCAGUCAGUGCUGGGGGCCCUGAACAGGACUGCGUACUGCUUCACCACUGCACUGGCACUCCAGAUCUUGAUGAGGUACUGGCAGCCCGUGACUGGCGCCCCCUGUCUGUGGUCAGUGCGUAAUGCACCCUGGAGUAUCUGGUUCCCUCUGCUCUGCUUCACUCUGCACUUCCUCUGCUGGGCCAUCAUCUGCAGUACACUCAUGAUCUUUGAUUACCCAGAACUGCUGGGCAUCAAGCAGGUGUAUUACGAGUGUCUCGGUUUAGGAGACCCCUUGUCCCACAAGUCGCCCCAUGCCCAGCGCUUCCUGUCUCACUUCCGCCACCCGGUGUGCCUGGAGCUGGGUGUCGUGCUGUGGCUCCUGCCAGCCUUGUCCCUUGACAGGCUCCUGCUGGCGGGGACUCUGUCGACCUACCUGGCCCUGGCACACUCUCUGGACAAACAGGAUUUAGCCUACCUCUGUGUCCAGAUUAACAGCAAGAUGCAGCUCCUUGCUGAGCCACACCGGGGCAUCGCCGACACCUCCGACAGGGACAGCAGCAACCAGAAGGAGAAGUGAAGGGAAGGUCCUCUCACAGAUGAGAAGAUGAGCUGUUUAACUAUAACUUUUGUUACAAAACUGACCUCUGCAGAGUCUCUGUGGUCUUCUAUGAGUCUGAAAUCUGCUGUGCUGAAAACAAAAAAACAAACCUGCGCUGGUCAUUUCUGCUAAUGGCAACUCAAACUGGAUUUUUUGUAAACUGACACUGUUUUUUCUUCACAUUUUCUUUUCACUACACAAGUGGUUUCAGAAAGGAAGAGUUUUAUUACAAAAGGAAAUCUUAUUCCACCAUUUGAAAACUUUUCUAAAGGUGGCUGGUAUUACUGUUAAAUUUCUGAGCCAAUUAAAUAUAACGGUUAUAUUUUUAUUUAUAUUUUAUUCCUUCAGAUGAAAUUUAAGAGGAAAGUUUCAUACAAAAGGAACAUUUUGUGUACCAGUGUAUUUUUUAUAGCCUGACCAGUUCCAGAUUUGUGAGGGUGAUACUGAGAUUUAUUUUUCUAAAAACAAAUCACAUAUAUCAACAACUUGAUGUGGAUGUAGACUUUUUUCAGUUGUGAUUUUACAAUAGAAGCUCUAAUGUUUUGUGAUGAAACCCUCCAAAUAUUCUUUUUUUUUUGUCUGUUUUACUACACUGAACUUUUAUCAGAGUAUAUUUUUAUAGGCUUUUAAAUUCUAUAUGCCAAGUACAUUUAUACUGUAUUUCUCAGCACAGAUUUCAAAUUUAAUUGUCCUCCAAAGACAAUUUAAUAUUGAGAUUUCACACUGGCAGAAACACAAAAAUGCUACAACUUGUGGCUAUAAUGAAAACAUGUUUCCUGGUAUUUCUGAGAUUAUGAAUGUAUUUCCUCUCUUGCUUAUGUCGUGGGUGCAUCUGCAAUUUUUGUAAGUCACUGGAACUUGAACUAAUUGCAUAUGUUUGGUAUUUCAUGCAUUUCCCAGUUCAUUGUAUUUGGUCAUCCAAGUAACUCAUGUGACAAGGUAACAACUUAUUGGCAGCACAACCAGUAUUUUCUUAAAUAUGUCAUUAAUUCUCCAACUUCAAAGUAUUGUAAUCUUUGAGUUCAUAUAUAUUGUGAGCUAAGAUAGUAGGCCUCACUGUAAAGACUGAUGACUCAGUAUUUUCAAGGCCAUGCUGAAUAAAUGUAAGAUGUUGCAAAGUG